ACGUGCUCCUCACAAACAUCAACUUGCCUCUUCUUCUGCUGAACCCCUCUCAGCCGUCCGUUCCACUCAAGAGAACAAACCCUAUACUAUAUCGAAUCAAAUUCCACAUUUCCACUUCAAAAGGAACGGCGGAGGCUUUUUUGUCCUUUUCCCAUUCUCGCUUUCUCUGAAAAUCUCCUCCAAUUUUCUGUCUCCGAAUUUAACAAAGGUCCUUUAAGUCUUAGGGCUUAGCAAAUGGCGGAUGAGAAGACGAUCAUAAACGGUGUUGCUUCAGAGACUGAUGAUCGGGCUGCGGAGAGCUUCAACGAUGUCGAUCAGCGGGUGAACGAAGCCAAGCUGACGCAAAAAAUCGAAGCCUUAGAGAAGGAGAAGUUAUCCCUGUCCAAUGAAAACGAAGAAAUCAAAGAUCAGAUGCUGCAAUUGAGGGCGGAUAUCGAAUUAUUGAGAUCUGCAGAGUCGGAGUUGAAACUCAGGCUGCAAGCAAUGGGGAAAGAGAUGGAGGUGUCGGAGGAGAGGAAGAGAGCGUUGGAAUUCAUUUCUAAGAGAGCUGUGCAGCUCGAGACUGAGGUCUCCAGGCUCCAACAUGAUCUGAUUACAUCGAUGAGCGAAGGUGAGGAGGCGAAUACAGAAAUUUCGAAGCUGAAGAGGGUGCUGGGAGAAAAGGAAGUGAAGCUUGAGGAGUUGAAGAAAGAGAAAAUGGAUUCAGAAAAGAAGGUUAAGGAACUGGAAAAAAAGAUUGGGGUUUUGGAAGUGAAAGAAAUCGAGGAAAGGAAUAAGAGAGUGAGGAUUGAGGAGGAAAUGAGAGACAAAUUAAGUGACAAAGAGAAAGAGAUGUUUUAUUAUAAGAAUAGAUUCAUGGUGCUGGAGGAGGAGGUGGCAAGGAAGGAGGAAUUGGAGGAGAAAUUGAAAGCCUCGGAGGAGAAGGUGAGGGAAAUAGAAGAGAAGAUGGUAGAGCUACAGAAGAAGGUGGAGGAAGCAGAAAAGGUGAAUGGUAGAGUGAAGGAGAGGACUGUAAGGGCUAUUAAUGGCAUUCAAAUCGAGGGCAUGGAUAAGGAGUCUAAGGGGUUGAAGGUGCAAUGGCCGGUGCUUGCUGUGGGUUCGACCGGUGCCAUCGCUGCCGCAGCUGCUGUGGUUUAUAUUUGCUAUGCUAGGCGGACGUAAUUCAGAGGUUAGGAUUUGUUCAACACCCAAAUAAAAAGGAAAAAAAAAAAAAGGAAAAAGAGAAGGAAAAGUUUUUUUUUUUUUUUUUAUAUUUUAUAUGUGGGUUGUCAUUUUGCCUGGCUUGUUUUCGAGCUUACUAAGGUUAGUGCCGUAGUGGUUACACUAAUUUCUGGCGUGUUUUUGAAGUUUAAAGGUGCAGUUGUUUGUUUUUGUUUUUGGGAAUACUAAAUUAUUCAAUAUACUUGGAGAGUUAGAGGAGUUA